AUGAAUUUUCUAGGAAGGUUAUGUUUUAUAAUCACGGUCAGUUUCUCGAUUGCUGUUCGAUAUGAACCGAAUUGGCCUUCGAUCGAUUCUAGACCGUUGCCAACCUGGUUUGACGAAGCCAAAUUUGGCAUUUAUAUCCACUGGGGUAUAUAUUCUGUACCAAGUUAUUCACCCGAUUAUGCAUCGGAAUGGUUUUGGUGGUAUUGGCAAGGACAGAAAAUCCCGGCUUACGUCGACUUCAUGAAAAGAAAUUAUCCUCCAGAUUUUACGUAUGCCGACUUUGCACCUUUGUUUACAGCGGAAUUUUUUGAUCCCAAUGAAUGGGCCGAGAUUUUCCAAGCAGCUGGAGCUGAAUACGUAAUAUUGACAACUAAACAUCAUGAAGGUUUUACUCUGUGGCCAUCCGAGUAUUCUUUCAACUGGAAUUCAAUGGCUGUUGGACCAAAACGGGAUCUUGUCGGUACGAGAUGGGUCAUUAAAUCCAACACAUCUCUACAUUUUGGUCUGUAUCAUUCUCUGUUUGAAUGGUUUCAUCCAUUGUAUUUAAAAGACAAAGAAAAUAAUUUCACAACAACAGCUUUCGUAGAUACCAAAACCAUGCCAGAACUGUAUGAAAUAAUAAAUACCUACCAGCCCGAAAUCAUUGAGUCUGACGGUGACUGGGAAGCAAACAGUUCAUAUUGGAAAUCAACAGAAUUUUUAGCUUGGCUUUAUAAUGAUAGUCCAGUAAAGGACACGGUUGUUACCAACGACAGAUGGGGAAAGGAUGCGACCUGUCAUCAUGGUGGUUAUUUAACUUGUAACGACAGAUAUCAGCCAGGACAUUUACUGAAAAGGAAAUGGGAGACUGGUCUGACUAUUGACCGUAAAUCUUGGGGAUUUAGAAGAAAUGCGAAUCUUUCUGAUUAUUUAACAACACAAUACCUUAUUUCAACAUUUGCGGAGACAGUGAGUUUAGGUGGAAAUUUUGUCAUAAAUGUUGGUCCAACAAAAGAGGGGGUGAUUAGUCCUAUCGCUGAAGAACGAUUGAGAGAAUUUGGUUCUUGGAUGAAAGUAAAUGAAGAAGCUAUCAAAGGGUCUAAACCCUGGUCCACACAUAAAGAUGCAUAUACUCUCGAUGUGUGGUAUGUAUAA